UCCAGCAAAGCCCAGACAUGUGCUGCCGUAUCGCCGUCGCCUCCUCUCUGCUGCUCGUUGCUGGCCUGGCCGUCGCCGAGAUAGCGACACCUCUCGGCGUCAAGACAUGUGCUGACGACCAGCCUAACGUCGUCGAAUGUCGGCGGAAGGCUCUACAGGACGCAGUGCCACAUCUGGCUACUGGCAUUCCGCAGAUGGGUGCCGCUCCCAUCGACCCCAUGGACGAGCUGCCACCGCUGACGUGGCAGACCAACUCCAGAGGGCUGGCCCUCAAGUUCAGCUGGCACAUGGAUCACCACAUGCGCCACGGUGUGGACUGCUGGCGUUAACUCAGCUGUGUAGGU